CGUUGACCCUGAGUGAGUGCAGCAGAACUCCGGUAAAAUUUCCGCCGUACAGAUUUACGAAACGCGGCGACGUUAUGUUGGGCGCGGUUAUACCCGUGCACGAAUAUAGCAGCACGGACUACUGCGGCAAGGACAUCGACCCACCGUACGUUCCGUAUGUCUACAGCCUCGCGUUUGCCGUCGAUCAGAUCAACAAGAAAACGGCUUUGCUUCCGAACGUCUCCCUUGGUUACGUGAUUGUCGAUUCGUGCGGCAAGGAUGUUACUGGUUUACUACACGCUCUGGAGUUUCUGCCGAAAAACAAGUCCUGUAGUAAUCAGACUGGAAUAGGAGAUGCCUACCCGGAUGUUAUAGGCGUCGUUGGAGGACGCUUCAGUUCAGUGACUCAACAGAUGGCGCUACUGCUCGGACCGUUUCAAAUCCCGCAGAUCAGUUAUUUUUCAACGAGCGACGAGCUAAGUGAUAAAAACAAGUUUCCCUACCACUUGCGCACAAUUCUACCCAACAGAGUUCAGGUUGAAGCUAUCGUAGAGUUCGCCCAGCAUCUCAACUGGACCUACAUAUCGUUACUGUACGUUGACGAUGACUAUGGAAAGAGCGGCGCUGCUGGAAUACGGCGGGAAGCAGACUCAAAAGCGAUGUGCAUUGCGGUCGACCGAUCCAUUCCAAAAGGCGCGCUCGAUGAAAACCUCUACGACGCAAUAGUCGACGACCUGAUGAGAGAGCCGCAUGCUCGCGCUCGACUCAUUGUCAUCUUCGCGUUUAAAACCGAGGCGAGUGGCGUCAUGAAGGCGCUUCAGAGAGCGCGUGCCGAGGGCAUGUUCACGUUGCUAGCCUCCGAUGGCUGGGCGGAUUUCGUCGAUGAAUUUCGUGGCGUCGAGGAGAUCGGCUUCGGCACACUGAGUCUGAAGUCGUAUUCGAACACGAUACCGGAGUUCAACAACUACUGGCGCUCGCUGACGCUGAAAGACGGCUCCCAGAACCCGUGGUUCCUCGAAUACUGGGAGUACUACAUUCAAAAGUGCGUGCGACCGCCAGGCGAGAACAAAACGGCCACGUCCCCGUCAGCGAACACCGGCUGCUCGGCGAACACCGAGUUUCUGUUCGCUAAUCACCCUGAUGUUCUCGAGAAUUCUAUGAUCAAUGACGCUGUGUAUGCGUUCGCAUUCGCCCUAGACUCGCUCAUCCAAGAGAGAUGCGGCAUGGUGAAGCACGUGAGAGACUGCAUCGCCGGGCCUGCGCUGCUUCCAUAUCUACGCAAAGUAUCGUUCGCCGGAUCGAGCGGACAGGUGGAAUUCGACCACACGGGCGACAUCAAGGGCAAAUACAUGAUCUCCGUCUACCAGCGAUCCGACGAAUCUGGAGAGAACGACUUCGUUCGAUUCGGAUCGUGGGACACAGUGACGCGCGACUGGAAGCUCUCGAUCGAGAGAAUACAGUGGCGCCGCGCGGCGGGGGAUCAGUCGCUGCCGACGUCAGAGUGCAGCCGACCGUGUGCGCGGCGACAUUCGGUGGCACUGCACGAGCUGCACUGCUGCUGGACGUGUAUUCCGUGUCAGGUGAACGAGAUCCUAGCGACGAACGACACCGGAUGCCAGGCGUGUCCGCCAUUUUCGUGGCCGGACGACGCCGACGACUACCGAUGUGUGCCGAUCCCUGACGAAUACCUUCGCUGGAGCGACGGCCAGUCGAUCGCCGUGUCAAUCGCGGUCGCUCUCGGUCUUAUCGCGUCGCUAGGUGUCGCCAUCGUCUUCGUGCGGAAGCGCAAUGAGAAGCUUAUUAAGGCAUGUAGUCGGGAACUGAGUGCGAUCAUGCUGGGCGGAAUCGCGUUGAGCUACGUUAUGACACUAUCUUUCAUCGCGCAACCGAGCUGUGGCAUAUGUUGGCUGCGCCAGAUUGGCUUUCACCUGAGCUUCACAUUGCUGUACGCACCACUACUGACGAGGACGGUUCGUAUCUACAGAAUCUUCGAAGGCGCCAAGACCGCCGUUCGGAGACCUAGGUUCACAUCCACCAUCGCGCAGAUUGUCAUCGUCUGCGCUAUCAUUGGUCUAAUGGUGUGUAAAUGCAGCUUGCGAAACGAAAAUUUACAUGCGUUGUCAUGGCAAUAG